GACUCUGCGGCCACCUUUUCACCAAUUCCUCUUCAUCCCCUUCCUUCCUUCUGUGCAUAUGCAUGAGCUGAGGACUUGGGACGCCGGGUCCAAAAGUUCACACGCAAACACAGAAAACAGAGCAUGCAUCAACCAAACCCCACUACACUCUCACUCACACAGAGCACGCCCUUUGGCUCCCAACUCCAAUGUUUCGAUACUUUAGGAUACCAAGAGGGGAUCUAAUUCAUUCUUGACUAUGCUCUGACUCCACUCACUCCCGUAUCUUCUCCCUCCUUCUUCAACCUUUAACGCAGUUUUGGUGAACCACCAUCUCAACCAAUCCAAGGGAGUGAGGAGCAGAACCACCGUCGCCACCCAAAACCCUGCUUCUUAUGCCCUCUCCACCCCCCAUGCUACGACAUGCCAUUGCCAUCGCACCGCCACCACCGCCUUGCUGCAUCCAUGGCCGCCGCAGCUCGCCGCCCUCUGCUUCUCCCCGUCACAUGGCUGCUACUGCUGCUGCUGCUGCUGGGCGUCCACGCGUCGUCGCAGCUCGCCGUCGCGCUUGACCAGGACGGCGUGCUGCUCCUCUCCUUCAAGUCCUCCCUCCUCGCCGACCCUCUCGGCUCCCUCUCCGGCUGGGGCUACGCCGACGCCACGCCCUGCGGCUGGAACGGCAUCCUCUGCAUGGCCUUCCCCGCCACGUCGUCGUCGGACCAGAUGAGGGUCGUCAGCGUCAUCCUGCCCAAUGAGCAGCUCGUCGGCCCCAUCUCGCCGGAGCUGGGCCGGAUCGAGCACCUCCGCCACCUCGAUCUCUCCGGCAACGCGCUCAACGGCACCCUCCCCGUCGACCUGUUCCGCGCGCCGGAGCUCCGCAUCCUCUCGCUCGCUAGCAACGGCAUCACGGGGCCGCUGCCGGAGCAGGUCGGCCAGCUGCGCAGCCUCCGCGCCCUCAACCUCGCCGGCAACGCGCUCUCUGGCGCCAUACCGGGGAACCUCACCCUGCUCAAGAACCUCACCGCCGUCUCCCUCGCCAGCAACUACUUCUCCGGCGCGCUCCCCGGAGGUGGGUUUCCGGCGCUGCAGGUGCUCGACGUCAGCUCCAACAUGCUCAACGGCACGCUCCCGGCAGACUUCGGAGGCGCCGCGCUGCGGUAUGUCAACCUCUCCUCCAAUCGGCUCGCCGGGGCCAUACCGCCGGGAAUGGCGUCGCACCUGCCGGCCAACGUCACCAUCGACCUGUCCUACAACAAGCUCACCGGCGCGAUCCCGGUGGUGGCGCCGUUCGUGGCUCAGAGGGCGACGGCGUUCGCGGGCAACGACGAGCUGUGCGGGAGGCCGCUCGACAGCCUCUGCUCCGAUGCUUCCACCUCCGCCGUGGAUCCCCCGAAGGGGACGGCAAAGUCGCCCCCGGCCCUUGCGGCGAUACCCAACAACCCGAACGAGACGAUGCCCGGCAGUGGAGCGCCGUCAUCAGGAGGAGGACAAGGCAGCAGGCUGAAGCUGGCCACCAUUAUAGCCAUUGCCGCCGGCGACGUGGCCGGCAUCGCCAUCCUGUUCGCGGUGUUCUUCUACGUGUACCAGGUGAGGAAAAGAAAGCAGCGGCAGGAGGUGGCGAAGCAGAGGAUGGGAGCGGCGGUGUUCAAGAAGCCGGAACCGUCGGACGAGUCGCCGGACGUCGCCGGCCGGAGCCUGUCGUGCUGUCCCGGGAAGAAGGCAGGCGACGACAGCGACGACACGGAAGAGGAUGUGACGGACACGUCGGCCUCCUUCGUUGCCAAGGAGGAGAAUCACAAGGCAGGCGAGGGAGCGGCGGCGGCCAAGAAGGCGAAAGAGAGGUCGGUGCUGGUGACGGUGGACGGCGAGGUGGAGCUGGAGCUGGAGACGCUGCUCAAGGCGUCGGCCUACAUCCUGGGCGCGGCGGGCGACAGCAUCGUGUACAAGGCGGUGCUGGCCGACGGCGCGGCGCUGGCGGUGCGCAGGAUCGGCAGCGACGACGCCGGCGUGAGGCGGUUCAGCGAGUUCGACGCCCAGAUGCGCGCCAUCGCCAAGCUCCGUCACGGCAACAUCCUGCGCCUCCGCGGCUUCUACUGGGGCCCCGACGAGAUGCUCCUCAUCCACGACCUGGCCGCCAAUGGCAGCCUCGCAAACGCCUCCGUGAAAAGGAAGCCGGGGACGCCGCCGAUGAACCUCGGGUGGAGCGCGCGGCUGCGCAUCGCGCGCGGCGUGGCGAGAGGCCUGGCCUACCUCCACGACAAGAAGUGCGUGCACGGCAACGUGAGGCCCAGCAACAUCCUCCUGGACGCGGACGUGGAGCCGCUGCUGGCCGACCUGGGCAUCCACCGGCUGGUCCGCGGCGCCGGGGACAGCAGGCUGAAGCCGGCGGGGCGGUUCGGGAGCAAGCGGUCCGCCAAGAGCCUGCCGGACCUGUCGCCGCCACCACCCGGAGCAGGAGGGGCGAGCCCGCUGGCCGGCGCCGGGCCUUCCUCCUCCGCCGAGGCAGCCGCGCACUACCAGGCGCCGGAGGCGGCCAAGAACCCGACGAAGCCGAGCGCCAAGUGGGACGUGUACUCGUUCGGCAUGGUGCUGCUCGAACUGGUGGCCGGGCGCGCGCUGACGAGCGUGGAGCUCUGCCAGUGGGCGGCGGGGGAGGGCGAGGGACAGCAGGCGUUCCUGCUGGCCGACGCGGCGCUGCGGGGGGAGAUGGAGGGCAGGGAGGAGACGCUGGCGAGCUGCCUGAGGCUGGGGUUCGCGUGCUGCGCCGCGGCGCCCGGCAAGAGGCCCGCCAUGAAGGACGUGCUCCAGGCGAUCGACAGGAUCCCGUCUCCUUCCUCCAACUCCUCCUUCUCCGCGCAGUGACAGUGACGACGUCGAUUGUUCCGAUCGUUCCUUCCUUCCUCUCCUCCAUUGGCAAUGGCAUGUUCUGCUUGUUGAUUUCUUCUCUGGUGCUCGUGGUUCCCUUGUGUUGUACACCAUGAUUUUUGUCCCGUCCAGUUUCUGAAAGGAAUUGGUGCGUGCUCGCUCGUGCA